CCUCCUCCUCCUCCUCCAUCAUCAUCGUCUCCUUCUCAUCAUCCACCAUCAUCUCCUUCUCCUUCUCCUUCUCCUUCUCCUUCUUCUCCUUCCUGGUGUUCUGUUCUUGCUAAACCUAAAGACACCAGAGAAGCUAAUUAUGCUUCUUGAUCUCUCUCUGUCUCUCUCUCUCUGCUAAAUCCUGAAGCUCUUUAAUGGGUGCAGAAAUGGGUUCUCUUCAAACCCUGACUUUGACCACCCUCCUUCAUCACCAUCUUCUUCUCCUUCAUUUUCAUCUCCCCUAAGCUUGAGCUUGCUUCUGGUUCUUUCGUGUGUCUCUGUUUCAUAUAUAUACUUCUGAAACCCUAGAUGUUAGAGCCAUGGACAUGACCCCGACCAACACUUCCACCAACACCGCCAGCACCAAGUCCCCGGAGCCCGAGACCGAGACCCCUACCCGGAUCCAGCCCCCCAAGCCCCUCUCCUUCAGCAACGGCGUCCUCAAGCGCCACUCCCCGCACCACCUCUGCUCCCCCGCCACCGCCGCCGCCGCCGCCGCCGGCCCCGUCGCAUACAAGAAAUGCCUCAAGAACCACGCCGCCAGCCUGGGCGGCUACGCCCUCGACGGCUGCGGCGAGUUCAUGCCCUCCCCGACCGCCAACCCCUCCGACCCCACCUCCCUCAAGUGCGCGGCCUGCGGGUGCCACCGCAACUUCCACCGCCGCGAGCCCGACGACCCCACCCCCACCGCCUCCGCCGUCAUCGAGUACCAACCCCACCACCGCCACCACCCGCCGCCCCCACCCCCGCACCACCACCACCACCCCCACCACCACCACCCGCCGCGCAGCCCCAACUCCGCCUCCCCGCCGCCGAUCUCGUCCUCCUACUACCCGUCCGCGCCGCACAUGCUCCUCGCGCUCUCCACCGGCAUCUCCGCCGCGCCCGAGAACGCCGCGGCGCCCCAGGGCCCCCAGCCGUCCUCCGCGGCCGCGAUGGUGAGCCCGAGCGGCCACCACCCGGGCUCGCGGAAGCGGUUCCGGACGAAAUUCAGCCAGCACCAGAAGGAGAGGAUGCAUGAAUUCGCCGAGCGAGUCGGGUGGAAGAUGCAGAAGCGGGACGAGGAGCUGGUCCGGGAGUUCUGCGCCGAGGUCGGCGUCGAUCGGAACGUGUUCAAGGUAUGGAUGCACAACAACAAGAACACCUUCGGCAAGAGGGACGUCAAUGGCGACGGCAACAGCAACGUCAACAGCCUCAGUCUCGGUAACAACACUACCAUCCCCACCACUCAUCACAACCACAACGGCUUGAGCAACGACAACGACAACACCAACAACAGCCACCACCGCGGCAUGAGCAGCAACGACGACGACGACGACAACAACAACGUCGUAAUUGGCGGAUUCAGCAGCGACAACCACCCGACGUCGUCGGGUCACUACAACCACCACCAUGAUGGCGGAGCUCAUGUGGGCACUAAUGGGUCGUCUUCUUCUUCUUGAAUCUUUAUCCCCUGAAGCUGAUCACAUCUCAUCCUGAUCCUGAUCCUGAUCCUUCCUUCUUUUUAGCAAGAUAAUAAGUAAUGUUUAGAGAGGUAGAGUAAGAACUUGGGGUUAUUAAUCAGUUGCUUCUUUUUUGUUUCUUAAAUUUUCCGUUCCUUCUUUCUUUUUCAUCUUCUUCUGAUUAAUGGAAUCGCCUUGCCGAGGAUAACCUGGAGAAAAAGGAAUUCGAUCCAAAGGGAAUUUAUUUUUUGCUUUCUAAUCCAAGACCCUUUUCUCGAUUCA